UCAACGAUGACGAUGACGAAAUCAUUUUGUUGACGCCACUUUUUUUCAUGACGAUAACAAGACGGUGACGAGAUAAACAUGGCUCUUUGAUGACUAAAACAUGACGAGACUUGUGUGAGUUUUCGUUGACGAGACGAGAAUGGACGAAAAUGUUAGCGGGUGGUUUGUCAGACGUUUAAAAUGCAUGACAUCUCUGCUUAUUGUGCCUGUCAAUUAAAACCUAAAAAGUAUCUGCUGCUGCAUUCUGUCCUUGUUUGGGUACGCCCACCACCUGGCAUGCAGCGCACAACGUGCUCAACACUUCACACUGUUUUCAUUCAUCACAGACAAUGGACCAUGAUGGCGGCAGUUUCAACACAGGGGCUUGGUGGUCGCAAACGUAGAGACGACAUAUGGGUGUAUUUUAAAUAUUACCCAGCAGAAAAUAAAAUGGAGUGUAUUGUGAAGGAAGACGGUGACAAAUGUGGCCACAAAGUAGGCGGAAAAAAUACGACCAACCUUAAGCAGCACCUGAAGGCUCGCCACAAGGAUAUUUUUUCAAAGAUCCCAGAGAACAGCACUCCUAAAGAGAAACCUGGUGGUCCAAAAAACAACAGGGCACAGUCAUCUAUCCCAGUAGCCUUCGCCGCAGCAUCCAAAUAUAAGUCAGGCUCCCUGGAACAAGGUGCCAAAGAACAGGCGAUCGCUCUUUGGAUUGGACGUACUGGUCUACCUGCUUGCACAGUUGAGGAUGAAGAAGGCCAAGUUGAGCAUAUGUGUUCUUCAUCCAUCACUCAUAUUUUGGACAUGUGUAUGUUCAUUGUACUUUAGCAAAUUCUGAGAAAUAAAGCCACAAUUGCCGAAGUAGAAUGUUUUUGUUUUUGGCUUUUUUGGAGUAAUUAACAUUGAUUCCACAGUUACCACUUUCUGUGUGUAAUGCACAAUCCUUAGAUCAGAAAGUAUUUGC